CUCCUCGGAGUUGCACAUCGCACACAUACAUACGCAGAGAGAUCAAGAAACAACAACGCAACUCGUGCAACGUAUAAUUAACGAAGAGUAAGAAGAGAUCGGAAAGAUAUGUCGUGGCAAGCAUACGUUGAUGAGCAUUUAAUGUGUGAUGUAGGCGACGGACAAGGUCACCAUCUUACCGCCGCCGCUAUCAUCGGCCAUGACGGUAGCGUUUGGGCUCAGAGCGCUAAUUUUCCUCAGUUGAAACCUGAAGAGAUCACAGGCAUUAUGAAGGAUUUCGAUGAGCCUGGUUAUCUCGCUCCCACAGGCAUGUUCCUCGCAGGGCUAAAGUAUAUGGUCAUCCAAGGUGAGCCUAAUGCUGUCAUCCGUGGCAAGAAGGGAGCUGGAGGGAUCACGAUCAAGAAAACUGGACAAUCAAUGGUAUUUGGACUGUACGAAGAGCCAGUGACUCCAGGACAAUGCAACAUGGUUGUGGAGAGGUUGGGUGAUUACUUGAUCGAACAGGGUCUUUGAACCUUAAGGACAAUGCUUUAUACCUCUUUCUUUUGCUAAUUCAUUACACCAUCUUUCCACUUUUUUGGGUACAUGGUUUGGUUUUUUUUUUGUUUAAUUUUAAUAUUAGGUCUUUCUGGUUUCUACCUUAGCAAGGUUUAAACAAAAAGCUGAAGGCUAAGGUUGCAGAUAAUAACACAAAGCCUGUAUGAAGCCAAGACUUAUCUUUUUUUCUAUUUUUCAUGGUUUCGUGAUUAAUUUGUUUGUUUUAAAAAAGCAAAAAAAAAAUAAUUUUACGGUACAUUUAUUUGUUGCGU